GCGCCCGGCUGGGCAGCGCACCUCGCCUAUAUAAAGUCAGCGCGGGCAUCCUUGCGCACCAGCGAAGGCAGAACGUGUGAAGCGCGAGCGGAGGAGAGAUCCCCGACGGGCGGAGAGAGGAGCGCGGCGGGGCACCCACGGACUGGUCCAAAGAGGAGGCCGACGAGGAGAAAGCCAGCCAGACGAGAGAGCACCCCCUUUUUUUUUUCUUUCUUUCCUCCUGCGCGUUCGGAGCCCCGAUGGCGUCUGCAGCGGUCCAGCUGCUGGGCUUGGCACUGUGCGUGCUGGGCUGGGCCGGAGCGAUCCUGGUGGCCGCCCUGCCCACGUGGCAGGUGUCGGCUUUGAUCGAGGGCCACCUCGUGGUGUCGCAGACCACCUGGGAGGGGCUGUGGAUGGCCUGCGUGGUGCAGAGCACCGGACAGAUGCAAUGCAAAGUCUUCGACUCCAUCCUGGCGCUCAACCCGCAGGUCCAAGCCGGCCGGACUCUGAUGGUCAUCGGGGCGCUGCUGGGGCUGGUGGCGCUGCUGGUGACGGUGAUCGGAGCGCAGUGCACCACCUGCUUGCUCGGGGCCAAGAUCAAGGACUGGAUCGCCGUCGUCGGGGGCGCCCUCUUCGUGAUCUGCGGCUUCCUGGUGCUGGUGCCCCCCUCCUGGUUCGCCAACACCAUCAUCAGGAACUUCUACGACCCCAAAGUCGAGGCGUCCAAGAAGCGCGAGCUGGGCGCGGCGCUUUACCUAGGCUGGGCGGCCUCUGCGCUUCUCCUGCUGGGCGGCACGCUCAUCUGCACCGCCUUUGCCUGGAAGGACGAGGGCGCCCCUUUCCCGGUCAAGUAUGCCGCUCCCCGGCGGCCCGCUGCUUCCGUGUCCAACGGGGAGUACGACAAGAAGAACUACGUCUGAGGAAGGCGGUCGGGGAGCGCGAGGGCUUGUCCGCACUAGGGAUUUAGAGCGCCACCCACCCGUCGCGGGGCCGAUUUUGAAGACACAGGCAGCUUGACAUCGGCCUGGCGAUAGCUGGGGGACCUCCGAAGACGCGUCAAUGCAAGAGUUGGCAGGGAGGAAACUACGAGGGGUGGCUUGUCCUUGGACGAAAACGAGGAUCGGAGCCCUCCUGUCCACUUCUGUGACUUUAGGAAAAAAAGAACUAUUUGGAGGGAGGGGGGAGGAAAACCCAUAUCCGGGACUCUUCAUCGCGUUUAGAAUUCUUCUUUGUAUGGAUUUCAAAUCGUUCUAGCCCGCAUCGAAUGCCCGGCUGCUUUGCUUCCUCAGUGGAAGCCAUCAGGGUGUUCUAGCUCUCUCCUUGUACCCACCUUUCCCCCACUUCUGAACUUAGUUUUUAGAUUAUGUUAGUGGAGAGGGGGGGUUGCCCUCUAAAUAGGAAUCCAAAAAUCAGUGGGUGGGGGCAGUGGGUGGGAGAGGGACUCAGUUUUGUUCUUGUUGUAAGUAUAAGUGGGGGUGUUUCAAUCUUGGGUGUAUUAUGCUGGGAUUCAGGUUUUAUUAGUAAUGUGAAGGUGUAAAAGGUGGGUACUUCUAGAGGAAGCAGUGAAUCUGCACCAGUUUUUGUGGAAUUUUAUUGGGGGGGUGUAUGCGUGGGCACGCAGAGAAGUUCUCUCCCAUUUGUAAACUUCCCAUCUUUUCCUAUCACUACCAUUGUCUUCUCUUCCCCAUCUUUUUAAACACUGGGCAAAACAUCUGGUAAACAAAAUUGGAGUUGGGAAGUUUGGAGAGCAAUUCCGUGUAUGGUUUCUCUUCAAAUACGCUUGGAAUGAAACUGUAGGAUUCCUGUGUUCUUGCUGGUCUUUGCCGGACCAACUUUGAAGUUACCAGGAGCUAGAUCAACCGUUUGCAAUUUGUGCUGUGCUCUGCCUUGUUUGGUUUUUUAAAUGAUGUAACUAUUAUCCUUAAGUUACAGGAUAACAAGAUGAAGUUUGGACUGGACGUUUUGUUUCCAAAUAACCAUUUCAGUAUUGACUUUUUAUUUUUGUGCUCCAAAUAAAGCCCAUCCCAGUUUUAAAAAGUGGUAGAGAACAAUCCGUACGUCUAAGUUGCCGAUUCAGAUUUGGACCUGGUUUUCUUUCCAUUUGCAUUCAUUGCCUUUUGGUUAAGCCUUAAUUCACAUCAGUGGAUUCAGAGCAGGGUACUGUAUUUUAUAUUAUUUCAUACUGUAACUUAAACAUCUGUCUUUACCCACAGUGUUCUCAAAUCAAAGAUCUUGGUAUAUUCUAUAAAUCUGCAUAUUUAUAAUAUAUAUAAAUAUAGAUGAAAUGAUUACAU